AUGUCGGCUGAAAACCAAAACACAAAGAGCGGCGAGCAAUUGGAGGGAGCUGUCGGCGCGGUGGUGGCGCCGAAGGUCCCAAAACGGAAGACGGACUUCUCCGAGCAUUUGACCGAUGAGCAACGAAAAGAGUUCAAUGUGCAAUCAUUUAUCACAAGGCAUUUGCGAGCUGGAUCGAAAGCUCAAAAAUAUGAGGUCUUCGAGAUUCACGCCUUAUUAGAAUUGGCGUUGAAGGUUUUUAUGAGUGGAAAAGCGCUUAUUGAAGUGAGAGCGCCGGUUAAUAUUUGCGGCGACACUCAUGGACAAUACUCGGACCUUUUACGGAUAUUCAAUGCUUGUGGUCCUCCGACGAAACAACGAUAUCUGUUUUUGGGCGAUUAUAUCGAUCGAGGGCGACAUUCAUUAGAGGUGAUUUGUCUCCUUCUUGCUCUUCGAUUGGCACUUCCGAAACGAAUGUACCUGCUGAGAGGCAAUCACGAGCUACGGGCGAUCAAUAAAAAUUAUGGAUUUUACGCGGAGCUUCAAAAUCGAUUCCGGAGCUCUGGCGGAGAGCACACGGCACUCUACGAGCAUUUCAAUUUGGUUUUUAGUUAUAUGCCGCUGGCGGCGAUUGUUGCGAGACGGAUAUUGUGCAUGCACGGCGGAAUUUCGCCGCAUUUGCAAUCGUUGGAUGAUAUUCGAAACAUCGAAUUGCCGCUCGAAGCUGCCAAACAGCAUCCACUCGCGUGUGAUCUUUUAUGGGCCGAUCCGGAAAAAGGUUGUCCGGGAUUCGAAGCGAACAAAAUUCGCGCAAUUUCGCAUAUUUUCGGUGAGGUCGAAGUCGAAAAUCUUUGCAAAAAGCUUGACAUUGAUUUGAUUGUUCGCGCGCAUCAGGUCGUCGAGUACGGCUACGCAUUCUUCGCCGAUCGUCGAUUGAUUACGGUAUUCUCUGCUUCGAGAUAUCAGGAGGAACUUCAUAAUUAUGCCGCCGUUGUGGUCGUCGAUUCGAGUUUGGAGCUCAGUUUUGUGCAGUUGAAACCCGAGGAGUUUGAGAAGCGACGAGAAGAAAAUGAGAAGAACGGAGCCGAUCAAGAGCAGACCACCGCCAAUAUUAUGGACUUAGAAGAAGCGAAAAAGAAAGCUCCGAAAUAA